AUGACUGAGCUCGGCAAAAGUACUGCAGCGGAUGAUAGCACCGUAUUUGGUGACGAUGCAAGAAAUCCUGGCGAAGGAGCUGGUCAAUACGUGUUACCGAGUCAACAUCUUGUUGGUGAUAUAUUCGGCCUCCUCUCUGCAGUUUCCUAUGGAGUAUACACAACUCUUCUGCGCAAGUAUGUCGGUGAUGAUGAAGCAGGGGAGGAGAAAGCUGAUAUGCAGAAAGUGUUUGGGUACAUUGGCUUGGUUACCUUACUCGGGCUAUGGUGGAUUGUUUUUCCUCUUCAUGUGGUUGGAUGGGAACCAUUGGCCGUUAUGCCUAGCACUGUCAAUCUCGACGAGGACAUUGUUGCCAACAGCCUUGUUGGCAGUGUGGUCUCAGAUUACUGCUGGGCGUUAUCAGUUGUAUGGACAACACCUCUUGUUGCCACACUGGGUCUGUCCUUAACCAUCCCACUUGCCAUGGUCGCGGACAUGGUGAUGCAUGGCCGUCAGUACUCAUUUGUGUAUAUUCUUGGUUCUGUCCAGGUUUUUGGCGGCUUUCUGAUUGCAAACAUGGCGGACAAGUGCAUGGGUGGCCCUGCGACAGAUCAUGAAAGUCCGCGGUUUGAGAAGGAGAUGAUUGAUAUCCUCAGGAGCCCGCGUGCCGACGGGGGGUCGGGCAACGGCUCGGUGGAGAAACCACCGUGGUAUCCGUACCUGGAGCUGCACAACCAAGACACCGCCGCAGCCGCACCGCAUGCCGUGGACGUAGGUGGGGCGAAUACCGUCAACGUGCCGGCGGGCAUGGAGGUUCCAACUUCGUCCCAGCCAGGCACGUCAACUCCAUGCUAUACGGCUCCCCCGCCUACGACCCCUGCCACACCCAGGCGAGCCCGGGUGCAUGAGACGGCUACCAUGCAAGCGGCGAUGCUGGUCUCCGCCACCAUCAAGGACUGCCACGGCGACGCGAUGACUCGCAUAGAAGGCCUCGUCCGUGAAUGGAUGGCGCAAGACCUCCGACUUGCCCGCGAGCGCAUGUCUGACUCGGCUCCCCCGGAUGUGCACCGCGAGCCGCCGGAUUUCUCCCCACCGCCGCCACGAGGGGAGUCCGCGCCACCCCCCGAAACCGCGCGGCCGCGAGAGGAUGUGGGCGACGACAACACCGUCACUCCGGCGGCCGAGGAUGUGGAGAUAUGGGUGCGCGGCGCCGACGAUUAG